CCGGUGUAGAGCGCCGCGGCGUCACUUUUGGAUGUCGACGCUCCAACGGCAGGCUCGUCGAGCAUGUCUGCGAUCACUUGCCGAGUUCAGUUCCUACAGGACCAGGAUCCUUUCAUCUGUACCAACUUUCCGGAACCUCGGCGGCCUCCCUCGCUGGACGUGGACGAGAACGCGCCGCUCAGUCAGCUCGUUCCGGUUGUACACAAGCUGCUGGACGCGCCCCUCAAGCUGGAGGAGUGUGCGCUGCAGGUGUAUCCUCAGGGGAACUACUUGGAUUUGGACUCGUCCCUGGCGGAGCAACGCGAUGAGCUGGAAAGCUUCUACCAGGACAUGGCGAAGGGGAAGAAGCCCGUCUUGACUCUGCGCACACAUUUGGCCGUGCGGGUCCACGCCAUCCUGGAGAGGUUGUAUAACAGUCACGGUCCGGAGCUGCGCCGCUCGCUCUUCUCGCUCAAGCAGCUCUUCCAGGACGACAAGGACCUGGUGCCGGAGUUCGUGGCGUCCGAGGGUUUGACGUGUUUGGUCAAAGUGGGAGCCGAGGCCGACCACAACUACCAGAACUACAUCCUGAGAGCGCUGAGUCAGAUCAUGUUGUUUGUGGAUGGCAUGAACGGCGUCAUCCAGCACGGCGAGACGCUGGAGUGGCUGUACACCUUGACGGGAAGCCAGUCCCGUCUGCUGGUCAAAACGUCUCUGAAGCUCCUCAUCGUCUUUGUGGAGUACAACGAGGCCAACGGCCCGACGCUCAUCCACGCCGUGGACGGCGUGGACGCGCGCAGAGGCGUGAAGCCGUGGUCCUACGUGAUGGACAUCCUCCACGAGAAGACGAGCUGCGACUCUGAGCUCCUAGUGUUCGCCAUGACCUUGGUCAACAAGACCCUGGCGGCGCUCCCCGACCAGGAUUCCUUUUACGACGUCACCGACUGCCUGGAAAGUCUCAAGAUGGAGGACGUGGUCAACAGGAACCUCGGCAACGCCGCCACCGAGCCCGACCUCAGGGCGCAGUUUGCUAUCUACGAGACCGCCUUACGGAACGAGGACGGCGACGUCUGCGAGCUGUCCCCUCACCUGCGAAAGGAGCGCCGUAAGAUGGCCGCCGGCGAGCAGGAAGGCCGCAGGGGUCGGCGCUGGUCCGAUCAGAACGUGGCCGAGCCCACGGCGUCCUCGGCCGGCUCGUCGCCCGCCUCCGCAGGCAGCCCCCGCCUUUCCGCCGGCUCAGACCCGGGCAGCGCCGCCGGCAGCGCCGCCGGCAGCACCGCUGGCAGCGCCGCCUCCAGCCCUUCGGGAUCGCUGCGGGGCUCUCCGACCCCCUCGCCCCUCUCUCCUCCCGCCUCGACCCCGCCCCCCCUCCGCCCUUGCGACGACGCAAAGAUACCGAGUCGCUCUGUCCUCAGCCACCGCAUGUCCUCUUUGGGUCCAAGCAGGAAGUCCAGGAUCUUCUCCAAGGCCGGCGGCGGCCGACCCCGGGACGCACCAGGUGCCUCUGAGGAUGCGCCCGGCGCCUCUGAGGGCGCCUCUGAGGGCGCCUCUGAGGGCGCCUCUGAGGGCGCCUCUGAGAACCCUUCCGCUUCCCGCAGGUCGCCGUCGGAUCAUCCGAGUGGCAGCAAGACAUCUUUGAACGAGGACGACGUUUUCCACUGCCCAGACGAGCAUGACAUGAAUGCGGACAACAAGCCCGUUCUGAGGAGGUUUGAAGGCAACUUCCUGCGCAGUUUGGCCGCCACCCAGUGGGAGAAGAAGAGGCGGAGUGAAACCCUGAGCCGCGCCGAGCUGCCCUCGGCCGACGAGGUCACGGAACCGGGACCUGCGGCAAAUGAGGACGAGGCCGGUCGUGCGGCUCUUCCCGCUGACGGCGGAGUCCGGCGGCCAGUCGGCGCACUGUCUGAUGACAGGAAGUUCCUUCUGGACAUGCUCUUCUCCAAGGCUUCGGCGCCGCCACCCCCCGACGCAGAAGACCCGCCCGGAGGGGGCCGGGUGCUGGAGCGCCUGUCCAGCCUGCAAGCGUGCUCGCUGGAGUCAGCCCUUCCCAACGAGAGCGGCGCUUCCCGCAAGGCGGAACUGCAAGGGCUGGAAGGCUCCGCCCAGGUGGCACGGGCCAGACUGGCGCAAGAGCAAGAGAAGCGUUAUGUGCGUCAGCAGAGCAGCGUGGAUGCGGAGAGCCCCUCCCAGCGUCUGGAGAGCACCCAAAUGACUCCGCUGGGUCUCGGCGCUCCCGGGAAUGCGUGGGACCACCUUCGACCGAGCAGCGCCAGCCUCCGCAUCAAGGACUUGGACUUUUCCGACCUCCUGGACGAGGAGGAUGUCGACGUUCUGGACGUGGACACCGCCGACUCCGCCUCUUCCUCCCUUAAAGGUGCUGCGCCUCCUCCUCCGCCGCCCCUCCCUGGCGAGCUGGCUCCUCCUCCUCCGCCGCCCCUCCCUGGCGAGCUGGCUCCUCCUCCUCCCCCGCCGCCCCUCCCUGGGGGGCUGGCUCCUCCUCCUCCACCGCCCCUCCCUGGGGGGCUGGCUCCUCCUCCUGCACCGCCCCUCCCUGGGGGGCUGGCUCCACCUCCGCCGCCACCGCCCCUCCCUGGGGCGCCGCCACCCCCAUCGGAAGUGCCAUCACCUUUGGGGAAGAAGAAAAAGAAGACGGUGAAGUUGUUCUGGCGCGAACUGAAGCAGACGGAGGCGCCCGCCAAGUGUCGCUUUGGCCGGGGCACGGUGUGGGCGUCUCUGGACAAGGUUCAAGUGGACACCGGGCGGCUCGAGCACCUGUUUGAGUCCAAAGCCAAGGAGACGCCCAUUGCCAAGAAAGUGGCAGAGACCAGGAAGUCUGAGAUCCUGGUCCUGGACCCCAAGAGGAGCAACGCCAUCAACAUCGGCAUGACGGUGCUGCCCGCCGUCCACGUCAUCAAGGCCGCCAUCCUCAACUUUGACGAGUUUGCCAUCAGCAAGGAGGGCAUCGAGAAGAUCCUGACCAUGACGCCCACAGAAGAGGAGAAGCAGAAGAUCCAGGAAGCCCAGCUGGCCAAUCCGGACGUUCCGCUGGGGCCGGCCGAGCGCUUCCUCGCCGGCCUGGCCUCCGUCGGCUCCUUGACCCCCCGCCUGCAGCUCUGGUCCUUCAAGCUCAACUACGAGGCUCUGGAGAAGGAGAUUGCCGAGCCCCUCUUUGACCUCAAGCUGGCCAUGGAGCAGCUGGCCACCAAUCAGACCUUCAGGAGGAUCCUGGCCACGCUGCUCGCCAUCGGCAACUUCCUCAACAGUUCCCACGUUGCGGGUUUUGAGCUGGCCUACCUGGAGAAGGUGACGGAGGUGAAGGACACGGUCCACAGGCAGUCUUUGCUCCAUCACAUUUGCAACCUGAUCACGGAAAGCGAGCCGCAAUCCACCGACGUCUACUCCGAGAUCCCCGCCGUCACGCGCUCGGCCAAGGUGGACUUUGAGCUCCUGGCGGAGAAUCUGGUCCAGCUGGAGAGACGCUGCAAAGCGUCCUGGGAAAACCUGAAGUUGGUUUCCAAGCACGAGACCAAAAGCGCUUUGAAGAACAAGAUGGCUGACUUCCUGAAGGACUGCACGCAGCGGAUUGUCAUCCUCAAGGUGGUCCACCGGAGAGUAAUCAACAGGUUCCAUUCCUUCUUGCUUUUCCUGGGUCAGCCGGCGGCGUCGGUGCGCGACACCAAGGUCACCUCUUUCUGCCGCACCAUCAGCGAGUUUGCGCUGGAGUAUCGCACCACACGAGAGAGGGCGCUAGCGCUCAAGCGCAAGCGCGACAAACACCGAGAGAGGACCAAAACCCGAGGGAAGAUGAUCACGGAGACGGAGAAGUUCUCGGGGGCGGUGCCUCCCGUCACCGCGGCGCUAGAGACGGAGCCCGAGCGGGAGCCCGAGCGGGAGGCGGAGCACCGCAACAUGACUCAGAUGCUGAUCGAAGAGCGGCCGGUGCCGAGACGCUCGCGCACCGCCCGCGGUUCGACGGGCCGCCCGAGCCUGCCCUGUCAGUCGUCGUAUGCGUCGGCUCAGGAAAACGACGACGAUGCCGCGGACGACAUCAUGGAGCGUCUGGUCAAGUCGGUCACCCACAACACCUCGGCCAGGACGUCCGUUCCUAAAACCCGAAAGCGGUCCCGACUCAACAGGAAGUCCAUGAGGAGGACUCUGAAGAGCGGUGUGAGCGUCGACAUGAUCCAGGCUUUGGGACUCGACGGGCGAGGCGAGGACGUCUGACGUCGGAGCGCGUUCCACGCCAUUUGGACUUUUCACUCAAACGGCAAAAGCAAAACUUUCUCGACUUGACGUCUUUUGACAAAGCACCAUAACAAAUGGAAGUUUGAAAAUUACUUUUUUUUUUUACUCUGCUGUCCCCAAACAUUUUACUCCACUCCCCCCCCUUGGCCCCGCCCACUAAAUCAUCACUUAGCUGACGCUCCACAGCCACGUGCGUGUGCGCUUCAGCAUUAAGCGCUUGUAUGUUUUUUUUUUUGCACGCUUGCUCAGUUUGACUUGUUUUUUGUUUUUAUUUUGCACUUUUUAAGGACUUUAUUUAUUUUAGCAAGUUUUUAAUCAUUUUAACUUAUCUGAAAGUUUGUUGUACAUUGUUUACUGGGUGAAGAUGCAAAUAGAAUAAAUGACUUUGGAAUACGCA